CAACUAGUACAGUUCCAGUGCAGCCCUAGGUCAGGUCGAAAGAACAAACCUACUUAUUGCACCAGUUCAGCAGUGCAGCUGAAAAGAACAGACCAUAGAGUUAACCAUGUGUUACGUUAUAUGUAUGAAUAUAAAUUCGUAUAAUUCGAAUAGAGAGUCGGGGUAAAUUGUAUAAACAAAUGUACAUAGUUUGCUAUAUGUUUAUGAUUUAUAACAGCUGUGUUGUUAUAUGGUUAUGAUUUAUAACAGAUCACGUACGAUAAAUUCGAUAGAAUGAGUCGCAUUAAAAUAAGAAUGUUUAGAAGAGCGACGCAGAAGGAGGAUUUAUUUCAAAAAACAUUAAUAACAAAUCUAGGCUUGAAUUCCGACGAGGCUAAACAAAUUGUCAGUAUGAAUAAAACGACGUCCUAUGCUGUACAUCGAUUUGUGAACAACUGUCUGGUAUGCAGAAAACACAAGGUUGAAGUUAGACCACUUGAACACUUCCAAUAUUGUCUAGGAUUGCUUCCUUACACACUGGAACAUAGAAUCAAUGUACUAAAAGACAUAGGAGUACAGGAAGUGAGUGUAACUCAAAUAAACAAAUUAUUGAGUUAUCUAAACAAGUCUGUACUUAAAUUUAAAAAGCUGACUAAUAUCCCUCUCGACCAAGAUAUAAGGAAGAAUAUAUCUAGCAGACUCUGUGGGUCUCCAACUAAUAUGUACGAGUUGGACUUGUCAAACAAUCGAAUGAAGACCAGAGAUUACUACAACAAAUGCUUAUUAUCCUGCAAAACUCAGAUAUUUAACUUGCCUAAUUUGGACGACACAGUACUGUUGAAGAAUGAUAUCAAACACAAAAGCAUAAGUAUGAUCGCAGAGACAUUGAAAGUGCUCAGACUUGAUUUGGACUAUGAUGAUAAGUAUGUGAGUACAGCUGGUACUAGAAAGCUGAUAACAAGCAAUCCCAAAAUUAUCCUUGCUCCUGCUGAGAACGUGAGGUUGUUGCUGAAUAUCUUUAAAGAUACAGGGCUUGUUGGAUUAUCAAUCGAGAAGGUUUUAAGGGAACACCCCUACUUGUUGUUUGAGGAUGCGAAUAACAUGAAGCAAUUAACAGAGUCGUUUAAACGCUACAACAUACCGGACAAGUACGCGCAUAGGUCCAUGAAAAUCUUCACUUUGAGCAACGAGGUCUUUGUCAAACGAAUACGAAUGAUAAUGAAGCAUCCGGACUUACACCUGUGGUAUAAAUAUCCGCGAAUUUUGCAAAUAGUUUUCCACAAAAACAUGGUCAUGGAUCGUGUGAAAUAUCUUCAUUAUAUGAAUCGCAUCAAAUGGGCCCACACUCAGACGGUUCUGAUGCAAGAAAACCAAUUAGAUCGAUUUGUCCAUUACGGCACUAGUACACUUAUGUCGUCGAAACCUCUACAGUACCUGCUCAAUACUAAACUGAAAAUUCAAUUAACAAACGUUGGCCUGAUUAAAAAAUUGAUGAAACAUCCGCACUGGAAGACGGCCAAUUUCAACGACAUCAAGAAGAUGUUGGACUACCUGAUAGAGAACUUCACGAUCGAUGAGAUAUACCAAAAUAUACACAUCAUACUCUAUUCACGAUCUGCAGUUGAGGAAAUGUUGACCGAGCUGAGACAGAAAUAUUCUCAGAGUACAGAAUAUUCCUUCACUAACAGUCAAUAUCUAGCGCUCUGCUUGUACAUGCUGGAGAAAGACACUCAUUUUACGGGCGACGGCAUCUGGAGCAAAGGACAUAACGUGGGGAAACAGACCCUUUCGGGUAAACAAAGUGUUAUGAACAAGACUGACAAUGACGCGGAUGUUGACGUUUCAAGUGCCAGAAAUAGCGACAAAAUCAAUCCUAAUUUGACAAAAAUGAAACGUUCGCAAUGACGAUAUAGUGAGAUACAUAAUGUACAUAGAUCUUGUGAAUAAGUAGACAAAGCGCCAAUAACGCCGAAAUUGCGUUUUGUAAAGAAAAAAAAAUACAAAGCAAAAAGUUUGUAUAUUUUAAUUUACAGAA